AUGGUAACGGAAUGACGUAGGAUCCAGUGACAGUGGAGCUCUGAACCGGCAUCUCUCCGAGGUCAGACUGAGGAGUCCGGCCGAGCAGCGGCUCCUCCCUAACAACACUCCGGUCUCAUCGGUUUCUUCCAGUCCCGAAGCAAUGGCCGCCAAAUGCGCGGGUCGCCUUACAGGUGUGGGGGCGCGCUCCCUGAGUGACUGGGUCGAGCUCCAGACAUUCCAGGGGCUCCGGGGCUGCCGGGCGAGGGGGCAGCGUCAUCCAAUCAGACAUCUGUCUUCCUGUGGCAUCCUCAUGACGAGAGCUUCGAAAGGGGUUUUGCAAGGUGUCAGCAACCCAUGUGUGCAGCAUUGUCGAGGCUUCCUUGGAUUUACUGGGCCAUUGACUAACAAGCGGAAGGAAUACUCGGAGAGGAGGAUUAUAGGGUACUCCAUGCAGGAGAUGUACGAAGUGGUGUCCAAUGUGGAAGAAUACAAACUGUUUGUGCCUUGGUGUAAAAAGUCCACAGUUAUCUCCAAGCGUACUGGAUAUGCUAAAGCACAGCUGGAAGUGGGCUUCCCACCCAUCCUGGAACGGUAUACGUCUAUCCUCACACUAGUGCGCCCUCAUUUAGUCAAAGCUCUUUGUACGGAUGGUCGUCUUUUUAACCAUUUGGAGACCAUUUGGCGCUUUAGUCCUGGCAUCCCUGGUUACCCUCGUACGUGCACUGUAGACUUUUCGAUAUCCUUCGAAUUUCGGUCCUUGCUGCAUUCCCAGCUGGCCGCUGUCUUUUUCGAUGAGGUAGUGAAGCAGAUGGUCGCAGCCUUUGAGAGACGAGCAGGGAAGACCUUUGGUCCAGAAACGUCAAUUCCCCGUGAACUGAUGUUUCAUGAAAUACAUCAGACGUGAUGCCCUCACAUCAGCUGUACUGGCACGGGAGAGACCGCAAUGAAACAUCAACGCAAACCAACCCAAAGUUCACACAAUGAAUAUGGAACCAGAGUCUCAAACUCUGGGCACUUACUGGGACUUAUGAGCUCAGAAACACAUCUUGGUUUUUCUUUGUAUUUUUUUUUUUUUUAAACCAUAUUUAUUUAAUUUCACAUCUGAUUUGUGCUGAGAAAUAUAUUGUAGAAGUUAUCGGUAGUGUCCAGGCUGGUACGCUGCACUGUAGCAGGACUAGGACCACCUGGGACUGAUGCAUUUUAACCGUGUGUUAUCCUAUAUUUUUGUUUUAAGUUCUCAUAUAUGAUGAGAUGGGUGCUGCAUCCCACUGUACUCCUAUAUUGGAAAGGGACUUUUCUCUUACUCCUGCCAUAGUGGCACCACUGACAAAAGCUAGGCCUGUAGUCCUAAACCAUCAUAGUCAGACCCCCUGCAUUACAGGAAGGCACUGCUGGUUUUACGAUCACAUAUACCUCUUGUUGACUGAUUAUGUGCCCCCUCUUCCUAAUACAUGACCAUUUCUACUCUGUGCCAGCUUUAGUGCCCAAUAUUUUGUGAUACUGUAUGCAUUCUAAGGAUGUUGCAUUGAUAACAUGAAAUUAUGGUGCAUUUUUUAAAGACUGGCUGAUUACUGCAUGGUUAAACUGCCCAACAAUGGAGACACACCAUAGCAGGAACGGAGAUCAUGAUUGCCGUCAUGGUUAUUUGAAAGCAUUAUAUUCUAUGCAAAUGAGUAUGAAUUGGAAUAGCAGGGUACACUAUGACAGUAGACUUGAGAUCCUUUGUGCCAAAAGACCGCCGGAGAUCGACAAGAUGAUACAGAAAGUAAAAGUGCCACAGUAACUGUCAUUGUCUUCAAGACUGGGUCCACCAUUUGCUUUAGGGCCUUAAAGUCUGCUUUAAUGCACUAGUUGGCUCUUCACCAGGAAAAAGAGUAUAUGUAUUUAUGCAUGGCAUGCAGGUUCCACAUGGAGAAAAGUUAAGAAAAUGAAGCUUGCCUCUUGGGUCUCCAAAAGCACAAAGAGUUGGAGAUCUGAUCCUGGUGCAAGAGUUUACAAAAAGUGCAAUACUGCCCACCUAUCACACUGCUGCUGUAUGAACCAGGAGCGCACGCCACGGAAAAGCCUUCUAGAGAAAAGCAUUGAACAUGUGGUGACUCCUCGCUGGAAUCCAUUUUUAUUGUGUUCUAAUUCUCUGUUGCUUUUUCCUGGGCGCAAUAGACAGGGACCACUUGUCUUUGUUUAUUAGUUAUUGCUUCAUUUACUGGGACCUGAAGGCUAGAACGCAGAGCCAUCUCUUUGUGAAACAUGCUGUCUUCAACUUCC